AUGACCGGAGGGGCCUUGGUCGUCUUCACGACAACGUCGCUACUGCCCGCCCCUCUUCUACCUCCUCAACUGAAUCCCGCCAAAGCCCACCUCUAUAAUGUUCGGCGGCCGCGUAGAGCACACUAUGGCUUUGCUGUUACCUCGGACAUCUUGGUUGAGCACGCCCUCCGCUGGUACUCGACCGAGUUCACCCGUGAGGACUUUGACCGUGCCGAUCCUAUUCUGGUUAGAACCGUCGCCGUGGGGGCUGCUGAAGAGCACCUGGAACUCGACCCAGAGCACCCGAUCCUGGAGUUUCCUCUUGUUGAGACGCCUGAUGGGCUGAGGCCAUGCAUUGCUAUAUAUGACAGCCAUAUACGGAGCAGCUGGAAUCUGGACGAGGAGAAGGAAAGGAAGCAGAUUGAAGUUAUCAAGCGCGAGCUCAUGUUACCCGAGACGCAAGAGCCGAUGUGGUAUUAUUCUAAUUGCCGGUGA